AUGCGUUUCUCUUUAUUCACAGCGCUAUCUGCAGCAGCAUCGUUGGGUCAUGCCCUCCCCGGUCAACUGCAAGCUCGAGAUGUUUCGACUAGCGAACUGAACCAGUUCGACUUCUGGGUCCAGUAUGCCGCCGCGGCAUACUAUGCCGAUGACUACACAGCUCAAGUGGGCGCCAAGAUCAGUUGUUCGAAAGGAAACUGCCCCCAAGUGGAGGAAGCUGGUGCGACUGUAUUCUAUGACUUCUCCAACGCCACCAUCACAGAUACUUCCGGCUUCAUCGCAGUAGACCACGCCAACGAGGCAGUCGUUCUCUCCUUCCGCGGAUCCUACUCAGUGCGCAACUGGGUCAGCGAUGCCAUAUUCGUAUACACAAACCCUGAUCUCUGUGAUGGAUGCCUGGCCGACCUCGGCUUCUGGGGCUCCUGGGUGCUUGUCCGCGACGACAUCAUCAAAGAACUGAAAGAAGCCGUCUCCCAGAACCCCGGUUACGAGCUGGCCGUAGUGGGCCACAGUCUCGGUGCCGCUGUCGCAACCCUUGCGGUGGCUGAUCUCCGGGGCAAAGGCUACCCGUCGGCUAAGCUGUAUGCGUAUGCCUCGCCUCGGGUGGCGAACGUGCCUUUGGCUAAGCAUAUCACGGCUCAGGGGAACAACUACCGCUUCACUCACACCGAUGACCCGGUGCCUAAGCUGCCGUUGCUGGCCAUGGGCUAUGUUCAUAUCAGCCCUGAGUAUUGGAUCACCUCGCCUAACAAUGUGACUGUCGGUGCUUCUGAUAUCAAGGUUAUUGACGGAGAUAUCUCAUUUGCUGGAAACACUGGAACUGGUCUCCCAUCAUUGGAGGAUUUCGAGGCGCAUAAGUGGUACUUUAUGAAGACUGAUGCAGGAAAGAAUGAUGGGAGGCCGUUCAAGAGGGUUUGA